AUGGAGGGUCAGGAACUGCCUUAUGUGCUAAUUGACUGUAUAGGAGGGAAGCAUGGAGUAUAUGAAGACCAUGUUGGAUUUCUGCAGAAACAUUUUCAUCUCAUCACCAUGAAAGAAUAUCUUGAAAAUAAGACACUUCUCAGCAAAAAGAUCAGAGCUAUUUAUAUGUGGUAUCACAAACCAGUUGUUAACAAAGAGCUGCUCCAGAGCUUGUCGAACUUGAGGAUAGUUGCAAGUUCUGGAGUGGGAAUAGAUCACUUGGACCUGAACCUCCUCUCUAGCUUUGGUGUGAAAGUGUCCAACACUCCAUUUAUUGUUUCCACUGACACUGCAGACCUGGGAAUGGCUCUGAUGCUGGCAUCUUCCAGGAGACUUGUGGAAGGCUAUGAGAUGGCAGUCUCCCCUGACACAGAAUAUUUCCCUGCUGACUGGCUGGGGGCUGAGGUUUCUGGAGCAACCCUGGGGAUUGUGGGAAUGGGCACCAUUGGUUACAAAGUGGCUGAAAGAGCCAAAGCCUUUGAAAUGAAGAUUUUGUAUCACAACAGGAGUCAGAGAAAAAAAGAAGAAGAAAGUGCCGUUGGAGCUGCUUACUGUAAAAAGAUAGAUGAUUUGCUCCAGCAGUCAGAUUUUGUGUUGCUGGCUGUGAACCUAACUCCACAGACACACAAACUGAUUGGGAAGAGGGAACUGGAGCUGAUGAAACCCACUGCUACUCUCAUUAAUAUUAGCAGAGGUCUGGUAGUGGAUCAGGAUGCUUUGGUGGAAGCCCUUCAAAACAAAGUUAUUAAGGCAGCUGCUCUGGAUGUGACAUAUCCUGAACCUUUGCCAAGGGAUCACCCUUUGUUAAAGCUGAAGAAUGUCAUAAUAACUCCACACAUCGGAAGUGCCACCAAGAAGACACGCCGCAUUAUGAUGGAGGAAAUGACAGAAAGCAUACAGGCGGGCCUUGCAGGUCUUCCUAUCCCUCAUGAAGUGUUGCCAUAA